AUGGUUGUGGAUCAUGACAAUCUCUUCGUGGCUGCCGAAGCUAUCCAUGCUAUCGGUAUCGGCGUGCUCGUCUACAAGCUGACGCGGGAAAAGAACUGUGCAGGCCUCUCCCUAAAAUCUCAGGAGUUGACAGCGAUAUUCCUGGCCGUCCGAUUGUACUGUAGCAUGAUGAUGGAAAAGGACAUCCACACGCUGCUGGAUCUCGCGACGCUGGUUACCACGGCGUGGGUCAUCUACACCAUGCGGUUCCAGCUGCGCUCCACCCUUUCGGAAGACCUUGAUAACCUCGCGCACGUCUACAUUCUGGCGCCGUGCGCCAUCCUGGCGCUGCUGGUGCAUCCGCGCACGUCGCACUUCAUCGUGAACCGCGUGCUCUGGGCCUUCUGCGUGUACCUCGAGGCCGUGUCCGUGCUGCCGCAGCUGAGGGUCAUGCAGAACGCCAAGCUAGUUGAGCCCUUCACAGCACACUACGUCUUUGCACUCGGGAUCGCCCGCUUCCUCUCCUGCGCACACUGGAUCCUGCAGGUGAUGGACGGGCACAGCUUCAUCAUGACGACCAUCGGCUACGGCAUGUGGCCUGCCAUGGUGCUGCUGUCAGAGAUCGUGCAGACCUUCAUUCUCGCUGACUUCUGCUACUACUACGUCAGGAGUGUGAUGGAAGGCCAGCUCAUGACGCCUGGAGCGCUUCGUAGGUGCUCCAUUGACGUACCUGCUAACGUGCGGCUUGGCGAAUUGAAGCAGCGAGUUGGCGAAGCAACAGGGUUACCCGCGGACGACCGGUUAACACUUAUUGUGCGAGGAGCCGUGCUCGCAGGCGACUCGGCUUGUUCCUCAUCGGCUGGACCUUCGGAUCGUGCGAAACAUUUGGACGGCCAAGAUGCAUCCGUCAAUGCUUGUCGAGAUGACAGUGUGUCAGACGCUGCCACGUUGGAUCUCCGAGACGACGACAUCAUACUCGCUACAGUGCGGCCCAGAGCACCCCCGCCGCAGGUGGCGAACGCUAGAGUGGGGGAGGCGGAGGAGGAAGAGGAGGAGGUGUUUGACAUCCCAGCAUCAGCAUCGCCUCUCCAGCGCCGAAUCUUCCUCUUCCUUCAAGACAAGUGCCGAAUUCCAGGUUUCCUCCUCGUCCCCUUCUUCUGGCUGUCUCCACACAAGUGGCUGCUGGUCAUCCUCUGGUUCAUCGCUGCGCCGCUGCUUCAAAUAUAUUUCGAGCUCGGCCCUCUCUUUGUCUUGGGCACCUGCUUUGCGCUCAUCUUCUUCAACCUCGGCACACGCCAGCAGGGGGAAGCAAGUGCCUACUCUAUUUUCAACGAGGGAUUUCAAGAGUUGCCAGGCACACUCAAUGCACAGCGUCUGGAUGAGCAUAUUAGAGCUGGGCAUAACGGUACAUGCAGUGUGGUACAGCAUAUUUACAUUCAGCGUCGCCUUGCCUUACAUUCCAAUCCAUCAUCUCCUCUCCCACACUCUACUGCCCCUUUCGUUUCUGCCUGUCAUCCCUGUCUUCUCGCCAUUCCGCCCCUCCCUGCCCUCACUUGGACUCCACCUCUCCACCCUUGUGCCACUGCUGCUGCCACUGCUGCCUAUGCUGCUGCUGCUGCUGCUGCUGCUGCUUCUGCCUCUGCUGCUACUACUGCUGCUGCCACUGCUGCUGCUGCGGCCACUGCUGCCCCCACCGCUGCUCCCACUCUUUCUUCCGCUUCCCCAUGCCAUCCCCCUCCCCUCAUCCCCUUGCACAGGCCUUUUUCACCCCUGCUGCCUGUGCUAACAACUGCAGCAUUGGCUGUUGCUGGUUGGGCCUCCCUCCUGGAAGCAAGGGGAAAGGGGGUGAGAGGAGUUGCCAUGCCUCUCACACUGCCAUGCCUCUCACCUGCCAUGCUGGCUGGCGUGUGCCAUGCUUCUUGGGCUUACCUGACAGCUGCAUGGGGCACUUCCUCUCCUGCCACGAGUAGGAUGCAAGCUGAAGAUGCUGCUGCUGCUGCUGCUGCUGCUGCUGCUGCUGCUGCUGCUGCUGCUGCUGCUGCUGCUGCUGCUGCUGCUGCUGCUGCUGCUGCUGCUGCUGCUGCUGCUGCUGCUGCUGCUGCUGCUGCUGCUGCUGCUGCUGCUGCUGCUGCUGCUGCUGCUGCUGCUGCUGCUGCUGCUGCUGCUGCUGCUGCUGCUGCUGCUGCUGCUGCUGCUGCUGCUGCUGCUGCUGCUGCUGCUGCUGCUGCUGCUGCUGCUGCUGCUGCUGCUGCUGCUGCUGCUGCUGCUGCUGCUGCUGCUGCUGCUGCUGCUGCUGCUGCUGCUGCUGCUGCUGCUGCUGCUGCUGCUGCUGCUGCUGCUGCUGCUGCUGCUGCUGCUGCUGCUGCUGCCGCAUACAAAGCCUCUCAAAGAUAA